AUGCCGUUGAAUAGACUCGUCCAAUCACUUGCCUUCUUGUUGUUGGUGGAUAAUGAAGAACAAUCUACAGCAACAACAACAACAACAACCGAUACGGUCACGGUCAACCAUGACAAGAAUACCUUCUUGAAUAUCCGUACACUCAAGGUAUUCAUUCAACGACCAGGUCAACAACUGCCUCAAAGUGUCAAUGCUUUAGUGUUUUCGUCAAUUGGCUUGGCAUCUGCUACAUUGUGUCGUCUGACUUUGUACAGUGUCGAGAUCAACGAAUCGCUUCUCAAAGGGCUGCAAUCCACUUGCAAGCAAUUAGAGCGACUUUGCAUCUACCCGACCAAUUGGUCGCGACUAGACAACGAUGUCCUGCUCCGAUUGUUGGAUUCAAUGCCUUUAAUUUGUGAGUUGGCUAUCAAGAUAUCCGGCACUAUGAACCCGUUUGUUGACAAUCACGAGCAUACAAUGGAUGUACUGGCGCCACUCGCCAAACUAGAAAAGUAUGUUUGGAUUGGUGGUAUCGAGUCGUAUGGCGGAUUCCUCGUGUCUCAGGUGUGGUUCAACUCAAUGACCAACCUACGUGACCUCAAAAUCCAGCUCAACAGCCACUUGGCAGAGUACGAGCAUGACGUGGUACAAGACCCCAACUGGUGGGCAAGGUCAAUACUAAACAAGGACAAGUUGAGACGUUUGCGUCUUAUCAACUGCUACUCACCCGAUGAGAGCAAUAUUGUCGAUGCAUCACAUUCACGACUCGAUGUGCAAAAUCGUGUAAAGACAGACAUUCAAGUCCACAAUCUAUUGCGACAAAUCUCAACACUCAAAGCACUCAGUAACCUCACUUUAAAGGAAAUCAAGUACAUUGAACCGAUCGAUCUCACCUCUUGUCUCGACUCUUUGCCAUUGUUGACUCGAUUCAAAUUCUCCAUCUCUCCAAAGACUGAUAGUGGUGGAUUGUGUAAAAAGGUCUCGGCGACAACAUCGAUUUCAGUGGCACUAUUGACAUACCUUGAAACAGCGGCCAACAGCACAAUCACACAUUUUUCAUAUACUCUUCAACAUGAACUAAAUGCAUGGUUGCCACUCGUCACUGUAUACAAUGAUUGUUCAACAACCGCCGGCGGUGGCGGUCACAACAAUAUAUCUACAACUGCCAAGGCGUACAGGGGUAUUUAUGAUUUGGAGGAACUCACUCAUCUGGCAUCAAAACUUGGUCAAAUUAAAAAGGCACUUGAAUCUUUGGUUCAAAACUCUGAAGCCAUUCAAGAAUUGUCAAUUGGAUCGACAAUUGAACCAUACCAUUGUUGUACUCAAAAGAAGGAUGUUGUUGCCGACAAUUCCAAUGAUCAUCUAGAUCUAGUGUCGUCAGCACUACUCACCUCUUUCCAAUCAAGUACAAGUGUCUCUCUCUAUGGGAGCACAAGACUACCGCCGUCAUCGUUGACAACCAGCUAUCGCCAAAAAUAA